CUGUGGCAAGGGAUUCGCUCAGUAUGCGGGGCUCAGCGGGCACAUGAAGUCGCAUGUUCGCAAGAAAGAAACCGCCGGAGAGGGGGGUAACUCUUCCACCUGAUGUUGAUCUCCACCCAAGAAGUAGACUGCCAACUGCACAGUUCUUGCUGCAGGCCGAUAUCGUGUUCCCUGACGUCACUUGCCACCAGAAACGGAAUCAGAGGGGGAACACGAGAAAAGGGAGGAGGAGGAGAAGACUGGUCAGCUGCCGAUAAGCCCACCAGCAGUCAAUCGAGUAAGCAAAGGCGGGACAGGAGGAGGCGGAGGAGAAGACUGAGAGUGGGAGCAGCCACAGUCCCGAUAAACGAUCCCAGCGGAAUGCAGGCAACGAACCAACGGCCAGUCACGCCUGGCACGCCGGACUCGGCGCACAUUGUUAUCGGCGCCGCAGGAUACGUGGCCCACGAGAGACGCCAGCCGGGUAAAACCCUGAUGAACUGUUUCCGCGAUCGCGACCGUUCCGCUUCCUCGACGUCAGCAUCGUCGUCGUCGCAGGGCGGUGGGCACAAUCACGCCUAUAUGCGUGGCCAUAGCGUCACUUCCGGCACCCUGUAUCGCCUGGAGGGCAGCAGCGGCUCCAUCACCACCCUAGACAAAGCUGGCCGCAUGGAGAGCGGACGACCCGAUGCCGUGGUGAUUCUGCGGGAGCUAAAAAGCAAACCGAAUAAGCUGGCGCUGCUCAAGAGCAGCAGCAGCAAGGACCUGACCCGCCUCUUUCUGGACGAUGCCAGCAACACGGCCGUGCUGGUGUCCAACACCAGCCUAGAUGUCUGCUCCUCCAAUUCCAGCUCCGCUGGCAGUCCAGCGGCGGCCAGAACACGCGGCUCCAGGGAUCGCAAUCAGUCUGGAGCCCGGAUGGAGUGCUGCAGCAGCUGCUCCAAGCGCUGGCAGGACCUAAAGCAGCGUAUGCACACCCUGGAGCAGGAUCUGCUGGCACAGACCAGCUACGGCCAGGAGCUGGAGCAAAAGGUGGCCGACAUGGGACGCCAACUGGCGGAGCUGCUCCAGGAGAGGGAAAGGGAGAAGCAGCGCACUGCAGCAAGUUCGGGAUCCGGGAAUUCCGGAUCGGGCAGCAAGCGCCACCAGGCCACGGGAAGUCCCAAUGUCCGACCCUCCCGUCUGGUGGCCUGGAUGAACCUGGCCAACUGGUUUAAGAGCCGGCCCAGCGUGGAGACGCUGCGCGAGCAGCGCAUCUUCUUCGACGAGCCCUGCUUUGACACGGAACUGGAGCUGGUGCUGAGGCACGACCAGCACCGUACAGUGCCCCGGAUCGUGGUGGACUGUUGUGAUCUCAUCGAGCACAAGUACCGCCGGUCCUCGGAGCCCAUCGAGGGCAUUUACAGGCAAUGCGGUGACUACAAUAAGAUCCAAACGCUCAGGUUCAACAUUGAUGCCAAUGACUAUGAGGCGCUGCGUCAGCCGGAAGUCGACGUACACACCCUGACCGGCGUGCUCAAGCUGUUUCUGCGCGAGAUCAAGAGUCCGCUGGUCAGCGUCAACGAGGCCAAGACCUUCAUAGGCCUGCCCAACCAGUGGUUGCUCACCGAUCUGUCCGUCAAGCUAGACACCCUGAAAAGACUGACACGCUCGCUGCCGGAGUGCAACCGCGACACAAUGGACUACAUAUUCGGGCACUUCAAUCGUCUAACCAAGGUGCCACUGCAGCAGAUAAGCGCCGAGACGCUGUCCAUAUCGGUGACACCGACCAUUUUUCACACCGUUCCCCAGGGCUGCAACGUGCAGGACAUCCAGCAGGUGCUGCGCGAGGGUGAGACACUGGCGGACUGCGUCAAGCUGAUGAUCGAGUACCAUGGUCGCAUAUUCGAGUGAGUGAGCCAGGCCCCAUUGAAUACCCGAUCCUGGUGAUGGUGCAUUGGUUCCUUAGUCCCGAAUCCCAGCCGCUUUUGCUCCAUCUUGUGCUGUUGUUGUCUUUCUCUGGAACGAACAAAUGCUUUGCUAACCACGACAUCCCCAACUUCAACCUGAACCUGAACCUCUGUACCUGUACCCUUUGCCCCAUGUAUCCCCCCCACCUUCCCAUCGAUCCCCAUCGCCUGCAGAUGCACCGCCGAUCGCCGCCUGCGCCGUCUGAGCGUUCGCAACCUGAAGAAGACACUCUCGCAGCCGGACCUGCUUUUCCACAACCUAUUUUAAAUGGAUGGGACUCACAAGGACCAAGCAGAAAGAGCACCGUGUACAUAUGGAAUGACUUUGGGUGCUUAAGACCGCAUACAGGCAUAUAUAUUCGAUUUUUUUUUUACACUUUAAACAUAAACUUUUGUAUUUAUACUUAAUAAAUUGAGACUUAAACCAAAAA